AUGAAGGCUCAACUUCUCGCACUGGCGAUGGCCGGAUCGGCCCUUGCAAUUCCUCAAGGCGCGAUACCAGCAGUUCUCGACACGAUCCUGUCUGAACUUGAAACAACCACAACAACAGGCACUACGGCCACGGCGACUGCGACUGCCACCAGCGCUAUCGGCGAUGUUUUGCCUCUUGCACGACACCGCCUGAGAAACAGACACUUUGGUCCCUGGGCAUCUGUUAACGCGAGUAAAACAGCUCCCGCGUGGGGAGAUUGGGUUGCAACAACCGCAGCAACAGCUACAGCCACUGCCACGAUCGAGGCAACCACAACCGGAACCGCGACUGCCAUCGCCCCUGUUGCUCCUAUCCCAGUCGUCCGUCGCAACUGGAAGUUCCAUCGCGCCCCUUUGAAGCAAGCUGUUGCUUUUAAGCGCACCGACGACGGUGAUGAUGACAAAGAUUGGGAGGACGAUAAGAAGGACCGUCCUCAUCAUCGUCACCACAGGAGGACAACCACGGAAACUGCUACGGAGACUGCCACGGAAACAGCUACCGAGACUGCAACUACCGAGACUGCCACAGAAACAGCUACUGAGACUGCAACUACCGAGACUGCAACCACCGCAACGGCCACUCUGUUUGAUGCCACUGAGACCGGAAUAGAAGUCAUUCCAGUCAAACGUUUCCGUCGUCACAACACUCCCCAACAAGACAGGGACCAUGACCAUGGCUUUGAAGUAACGACAACGACCACGGAGACCGCAACCGCUACUGAAACCGCGACUGAAACCGCGACUGCAACCACCACGACAACUGCCCUAUUUGAUGUCCUAGCUACCGAAGUCCCCUUUGUUCCAAUCAAGGCUCGUCAUUUCGAUGACGAAGACGAUGACCACGAUGAUGAUUGUGAAGACGGUGAAGAAACGACUACGGACACGGCCAUAGUCACAGCCACGACGGAAACUGUUACGGUAACGGAAACGGUCGCAGCAAGCACAACUACCAUUGAC